AUGGAUAGUAAAGUUAGCAAAAAUAAUGAUUUUAAAUGUUCAGAUCAUAAAAGAGUAUUAGAGUUGGUAUGUCACGAGUGUAAUAAGUUGUUGUGUUCAAGAUGCUCUGCCAAUCAUAUCAAAGAUAUGGAGCAUUCUACUUUCGUUUAUCAUAUCGAUGAUAUUAGAUUGGGACUAAAUCAAGUAUUAAAUAAUAAUAGUAAUAGUAGUAAUAAUAAUAAUAAUGAUACAAAUAGUACAUAUCAUUUCAAAUAUAUUUCACAAAGAUUAGAUGAUAUUUGGAAAACAAUAAAGUCAUCAACAGCAAAAUACAGCGAAUUAGAUUCAAAAGAGAAACAGAUCUCCAAACACUUUGAAGAGUUGCAUUUGUACCUUAUGAGUGAAGAGAAAAAGAUAAAGACACUAAUCAUUGAUGACAAAGAGAUAAUCAUCAAUCAAAUCGAGAAUAAUAUCAAUGAAUUAAAAUAUUUAAUAAAUAUAAUCAAAUUAAAUAAUAGUUAUGAUAGAUCAACAUCAAAUACAUCAUCAUCUUCAUCAUCAUCAGAUAAUAUUGAUACAACAACUAGUUAUUCAAUUCCAUCAAUCAUGGAAUCAAUCGAUACAAAUCAAACACUUUCAUCAUUCAUCAAAUCAAACAAUGAAACCAUAUUCUAUUGUACUCUUUCUUACAACAUUAAUAUUAAUAGUGCUAAUAGUAAUUAUAGCAUUCAAGAUAUUCUAUUAAAUUAUGAUAAUAAUACAGAUUCAAUGAUAUUAGAUUUAAUCUAUAAUUAUAAUAAUCAAUUCAAAUCAUUUUCAUCUUUAUCAACAACAACAAUCAUAAACAAUAUCAAUAAUAAAUAUUACCAUUUAAUAAUUGAUAAGUUUGAUUUCACCAAGCUUCAUAAACUAUUGAAGCAAUCGAUUCGGUUUGAUCUAUAUCCAUACGAUAGUCAAUCAAUUACAAUUGGAGAGAAUAUUUACAUAUUUGGUUCUUACUUUAUCGAAGCCAAAUGCUGUGUAUAUUCGAUAAGACAUCAAACAUAUCAUGUUCAUACUAUUAAAGAUAUCGAUGAUGUAUUUUCAGCAAUUGAUAAAGCAUGUUAUGAUGGACAAGAUCAUAUAUAUCUGAUUUUAGGACGUAGUAUCUAUCGAUUUAAUAUUAGAACUCUUCAAUGUGAAUUGUAUCAAUCAGAAGCUUUGAACUUUCCCAAAGCAAUUACUGCAUUGUAUGAUAACGGAUAUCUAUAUAUCAUAUCUCAAUAUGAAUUUGAAAUGUCAAUAAUCAAUAUCAAUCGCAAAACAAUGGAAAAUUGGAAAUCAGAUCAACAGUGUGAGUGGAUAUCAGCAUGUACUGAUGGCAAUCGACAUAUUUAUUUGCACAGCAAACACAAUAGAUUCAUUCGAUUCAACAUCCUCACCAAAGAAAUUAAAAACCUCAAAACCAUGGUAAAACGAUCUAAUAAUACACGAUCAAUGGUAUAUCACCGAGUAUCGGAGAAAGAGAGUUAUAUUUAUAACAUUGGUGGAAAUAAAGGUAGUGGUAGAUAUUCCAUCGAAAAAGAUCAAUGGCAAUUUAUUCUUUAUGGAGACGAAUAUGAUAGAUCACAUUGCUCAGCAACUAUCUUUGAAAUAGAUAAAUAA